AUGGCCGAACGCGAAGAGGACACCUGGGAGGUCGAGGAGCUUUCCACGGAGAGCGCCUCAGAAGAGGAGCCCGAAGAAAGCCCGGAGCAGGAGGCGGAUGCUGCGGAGGAAGCUCAGCUUCCCCGGCAAGAAGAGAUCGAUCUUGCACCUUCUCAGGUGUUUUUCACCCACGACCACAUCUCCUCCAAAUUCCGGUCUGGCACCUUGAUUGACGAUGCAGUUCGCGACAUUAUCAACGGCGACAAGGCUUUCGAUGAUUUCCCUAGCAUCUUGUGCACCAGGUUCCGUGAGAAACUGUUCUCUAUUAACAACAGGCGACUAUUUGUUGCUCGAGUCCUGGAACAGAUGGGUUGUCUUCAUUUGAUUCACAUUGUCGUCGUUGCCUUAGACGAUCCGUACCUACAAAGAGAAGGGGAUGGUGGGCUCACGAAGUGGGAAAGGUCUUUUUCUACGACAAACGGUGGCAAGUUCGUUCGUGUACGGAGUGACUUUUGGAAGUUUCAAGCACUGGCCAUGCCGGAGAAGCCUAUCAGAGCCCGAGGCGCAGCAAGGCAAGUCACAGCCCCGAGAUCAGUUCUCAUUUGGCAGGGAACUGCCGCCCUGAAAAAGAAUGAUGAUCCCAAUCCCCGCAAGAGACUGCAGGAGGCCAAAUGGAAGUUGCAGCAGAGCUUGCCAAGCGAUAUCCUCGACCAGAUCGGCAACACCUACUGCAUUUCAUGGGAGAUCAUAACUCACCCGCGCAGCUGCUGUGAAACUUACGCCAGCCUUGAACUGCCCAAACUUUCCGGAGGGCGUGCAAGCAAUGCGUGA